AUUUUUUUUUAAAAUCAAUAAAAUUAUUUUCAUGGAAACACCUCUUCUCUGCUUCCAUUUCCAGAAGGCAGAGAAGAACAAAUUCGAAUAGCUCAAAUUGGUGGAUUUCUGAACCCUUCCUCAAAAUCGACUCCAUUCUCUCUCCUCAACAGGAAAUCUCCAAUUUAAAAAGCCCACAAUGCAACAGGGAGCUAAAGGAACUCAUGCCAGCUUAGAUGAAUUCAAGUAUGGAUUCCCAACAAAUGGUUUAGCAGUUGUCUCAUAUAAAUGGUGGGGGAAGCAGCAGACAGUAAUGAGGAUUUGAGUAGAAAGAAGGGAAGUAAAGAUUCCCAAGAAAACAGAAAGGAAACUGAAGAAUAAUCCCCAAGGACCAGGUUUAUUGUCGCAUCUGAGAAAAAGCGCAGCAGAAGAUGGGUGAAAAGCCUGGCUUGGUGUUUAUCGUGGCUAUGGUGUUAACAUGCUGGGUAGGAGAGAGAGGAACUUAGUUCUUCGGAUAUUCAACUCAUCAUUGCCUAGUCACUGGAGAUAUGGUUCUUCUUGAAUCUUGAUGGAAAAUGCGAAAAAGAUCACACUUUAGUUUUUCAAGAAGUACGUAUGUCUUCUGAGUUUGGACUUCUAUCACAGAUCCAAAAUUGGUUUAGUACUAAAUUUAAGAUGUAUGGAUACUUAAAAUUUAGGCAUUCCACAUAAUUCAUCUUUGUGAUGUAAUUAUUUGUCAUUCAUAUUCUUUUUUUCUUUUUCUUUUUUGACAUGGGUCAUUCAUAUUCAUUGAGCUGUGUUAUUUUCAGUUUCUUAGCGGUGGGUUGAAGGAAGGAAUUGUAAAAUUUGCAAAAGAAACUUUUUAUCCAACAAUCAGUUUUCAUGUGCGCAAUUAACGAGAUCUAUUGUUCAGCAAU